CCCUCGUGUUGUAUUGUGGGAAGAAGUUCUGCCCCUAACAAUCAUGGCGGACGCUUUUGGAGACGGUUUGUUCAGCGUGUUUGACGAUGAACAACAAACUACCACAAGCAAAAAGAUACCCGCUUCUCUGACUGCAGAAAUCGGGAAAGUUAUUACUAAAAAUGGCGCUGAUAAAGAAGCUGCUUCUCCUGCCGUCAAGAGGGAGGCCGACAGUGACGGAGGAGAGGAGGUUCUGUUCGGGAAGAAAGCUCGACACGAGGCCAUCUGUGCUAACGACCUGAAUCUUGCAGAAUUCAUGCCCCAAGUGAAGGUGGAGCAGGUGGAGACUGUGGAGGGAUGCUGUCAUGAGGUCGCACUGCAAGCCAACGAAGAAUACAAACCACUGAAGCCACGAGUGGGGAAAGCAGCCAAGAAACUGGAGCCUGCACAACUGCGUAAGAUCCAUUCCAUGGACGGUGGUUUGGGCCUCCCCAUUUCCAGGAAUGGUGUGGGCUCUCAGCCAGUGCCCAGACUUUCCAACUGGGUGUCCAACGGCACAUCAAAGCUGCCAGGUGGACCCACGUUUAUCGACGAGCCAUUCAAGAAGCUGAAGAAGCCGUCCCCCCAGAGCCAGGGGCCGUCCCGCAGCGACACCCCCACCCCUUCCAACGGGGUCAGCAGGACGGAGGGAGACAAGAAGCAGGGCGGCGAAGGCAGAGGCAUGUCAGCGUCUACCUCAUUCAAGUCUUUGUCUGACUCCUCCUCUGCCGACACAUCGGACUCCAAGGAUUCGGUGGGGACCAGAAGUGCGCCUGUCGGAGAGACCCCCUCCACCCCCCGGAAAGGCUCCCUCAGCCUGGCCUCUCCAGCCAAGAGCGUGGAGCGCUCUCAGAGCACAGAGGAGCAGAAGACAGCUAAAAUCAAACCCCCGGCCCUCAACAACAUCACGUCUGAAGCCACCAUGUCACCUCCACCUGCCAAGAAACUGGCCCUGUCAGCCAAGAAGGCUCGCAGCCGGAGACCGAGCAGCAUUGAUGCUCUGCCCCCUUUGCCACGCCAGCUGUCCAGUGACCCCACGCAUCAAAAUCAACUUAACCCCCUCACCUUUGCCUCACCUACCCACACUCACAGAGCUGUACCAUUCCAUUCACCUAAAGUCCAGUCUUCACCUUUGGCCCACUCAAGUGGAUCCUUCAAACAGCAGAGCCCUCAGAAACAGUCCCCUCUCUCCACUCCACAAAAACCAAACGCCAGCCUUUCUCCUAAAACCAACGGGCUUCACAAUGCCGGCCCAAAGAGCCCCAAGUCUUCCAACAACCUCAGCUCCUUGGUCCAAGAACCAGACCUCAACAGCGCUCAAAAAGUCAACCAAAAGAAGAAGAGGAAAAAGAAGCGCAGGCAUUCUGAGGUGGAGGGUGACACAGAGCCAGCAGCUGAAGUGAUACAGGCCGACCCCGUGGAGUCAGCCAGCGAGAAGAAGCGCAAGAAUAAAAAGAAGAAGCGAAAGAAGGCGCAUGAAGACGGAGAGGAAGCCAAGGAGAGGGAGUGUGUCCUGUCUCACCUGGACACACCCAACCAGGAAGAGGACUGGUGCCAGGGUGGUAUGUGGAGCCUUACAUCCCAUCCAGAUACAGAGCAGUCCAAACUAAAACCUCAGUUAGCUACCAAAACCCCAACGCUUUGCGAGUCAAAUCCGGAAGACCAGGGAAAAGACUCUGUGAAGUUGAAAAAGAAGAAGAAGAAGAAGCUGCAGGUGGAGGAGGCUCUGGAGGAUACAUCUUCAGCAUGCUCCGCACCAGAGAGAACUUCGGAGAUGAAGGCCACAGACACACAGAAUAAUACGGCAGAUUUGAUAAUGUUGAAAAAGAAAUUAAAGAAGAGGAAGAAGAAGCUAAAAGAAGAGGUGAGCCUGUGGGAGGAGAGUAGGCGCUGCUCGAAUGGACACAACGACGAGCCUGAACAAGUGGAACCUCCUUCCAACGAGAACACCAAGGAGAACGGAGAAAUUAGUCAAAACAACACAGCCAGAGUGGUGGUGUGGGACAGCCAAGUGAAGGACGGCUACAAACGCAGCAAGGCGCCAGCGGCUGAUGGAGGUGAAGUAGGAGACACCCCGGCCCCUGCAGCCCCUGCUGCUCCUGGAGCCUGGGACGGUAAAAAGACAAGUGGUGUGGUGGAGGAGCUGCUGAAGAACUCUACAGACAAGGCCUACGGAGCCAACGUCCUUAGUUGGGAUGGAGAUGUCUCUGCUAUUAGUAGAGAUGCUGCCGACGAUGUCCGCCAAGCCCAGUGUGACACUGUGAUCGAUGAGUGGGAUGAAGACUUUGAUAGGGGAAAGGUGAAGAAAAUCAAAAACUAUAAAAGAGAGAAGUGGAGAGGUGGCAGCAGCAUCUUCCAACAGAUCCAGGAAAGGCGGAGCAAGUGGUCUGUCACGCCCGGCGGGAAGAGAGCUUUUGGAGUCCGUCGCUGAGAGUCCAGAUUGCUGUUGAGGCUCUUGCUGACUGGAAAUUGAGACAACACUGAAUACCAAACUUCUGUACCUUUAAUCAGUCUUUUAUUUUUAUUAUUUUUUUUUUAUCUCUCUUUCCUUUGUUGAGACCCAAAUUACACGAAAGAACCGCAGACUACUUUGACAGUCUUGAUCUCAAUUUUAAACAAACCUGAAAUAUUGGCUUCAGUGUUGAGCAAUCUUAUCCCCUUUUUAAUCAAAAUACUGAAUCAAGCUUUUCUACGCAUGCAAUAUGUAACAGAAACCUCUACACCUCCAUGUCAAAUGAAUAUGAAAAAUAAUUUGUUGGCCUCCUUUGAGCCUAUUGUUUUUGCCCUAACAAUAUUCAGCUUCUAUUAAAUUAAAUAGUUGCUAUGUGUAGUAUGAAAUCUUAUAUCUGCUACACUUCGGCUGUCUUGUGUUGGAAACUGAACACAAUCUCAGAGCCAAGUUUUGCAGACAUAAGAGCUCCGUUUGUAGGACGUUUUUAAAACUCCUAAAAUUCUUCUAUUCUAAAUUACAAAUAUCAAAAAUAUAUUAUUAUAGAUUUCUGUAUGAUUUACCUAUUGUAUACCUUUGUUCGCCGACAUUUUAUUUUACUGCAGUGUCAGUGCCACGUGGCUUGUUUUUAAGGACCACAUUUUGCCUGCAUAUUGUUGGUAAAAUUAAGCUUUAAAAUGGCCACUAUUUUCUUAGUAUGCAUGUUAAAGAUAUACAAAGGUAAAUUUGUUUUUAGUUGUGCAAGUUUUUGUUUGUAAUUUCUUUUUUUUCUCCUUUACAAAUCCUGUUUAUUUCAGAUUUAAAUGUAGAUACAUUUAAGGCCACAAAAGAAUGCUCUGUCAAUUUCUAUUAACAGUUAAACUGUUAGUGGUUGUGUUCAUGAACCACUUGUUGGAUGAUUAGCCUCUGUUUACCUUGACCUUACUGGUUAUUGACAACUCAUAAUGUGUUAUACAGGAUGUAGGUUGGGGUUGUUGGGCGGAACUGUCAUCAGUCCAGCGUUCAGGAGCUCUGUGGAGAUUUGACUUUUCACAAACUGUUCUUCACCAAUGUUCUGAAAUAAAGGGGUUGCAUUUUAUACUUGAGGCACUUUGUUAGACUGGGAUUGCCACAUGCUAAUCAUUUAUUUCCCCCUUGUAUCUUAUAUCUCUAUGCAAUUUUCUGAUGCUCAUGCUGGUCACCUAGAAACUGGGCUAAGUCUCAGGAAACCAGACAACCCGUAUCCCAUUUUCAUCUCGGAUCAUACUCCCCUGUUUCAUAUUAGACUAGUUCCUAUCCAGGACCACCAUUUUGCUUCUUGUACAUCCUGUAGAAAUAGUUUUUUACAAAAUAUUUCAGGUGUGGAAACCAUGGGAUCAUCUUGCACCAAUCCUGGCACAGAUGCGUAGAGAAACUAGCGUUAUAAAAAAUGCUUUGCCAGCGUAGAAGCGUGUACAGUCCAUCUUGUGCUACCUGUUUCCCACCACCGCUGUAAAGAUUUGCCCAUGCAUUUCUUCUCAUUCUAGAGAUGUUGCCUUGAAUUGGCUAUCAAAAAAGUAUAGGAUGUAAUGUUAUAAAUAUAUAAUUUUAAAGAAGAUAAGACACAGAUCUUUUAUGUGCUACUAAUACUCAGAUCAGUGGGUGGAUGUUAACUUAAGCAAUUAUCUGCAAAUGUGUUUGCUCGUGUGUGUGUGAGAGAGCGGUCUUCAUGCAAGACCUUCCCUAUGUCACUGGUGUGUACAGUACAAAAGACUACAGCAGUCUAAUUUCCAUAGGACAUGUUUGUCUGCUAUGAAAUCGGCAAAGGAUGUGACUCUCAAACUAACACAGGAACAUUUACCAGUGUGGAUGGACGGUCCACAUGUUUGCAUUGAUGGUUCUAUAUUUUGCACCACUUCUUUCUGACCAUGGAGGAGACCUUUCAUAAUGAAAGUGUCUCUUUCCACAUUAUAGUUAGCUAUAAAGGUGCAAUAAAGUUGUGACUUUUGUGA